CACACACAAGAUUGGGGAUUUGACUAGGCUGUGAGAACCAAAAUCAGACACUGAUCCAUUGGGAGUGACUGGACACAUACAAAAAUAUAUAUACAGUGGUAUAGAAGCCAAAACAUACAUACCCCCCCUGUUUCCCCGAAAAUAAGACAGUGUCUUAUAUUAAUUUUUGCUCCCAAAGAUGCGCUAGGUCUUAUUUUCAGGGGAUGUCUUAUUUUUCAGAAAUGAAAAAUGCCUUAUUAUCGGGGAGGUCUUAUUAUCGGGGGGAUGCCUUCUAUUACAACGAGACGCAAAACUAAAUUUUUUAGAAUUAGAGACAAAACCAAGAAGAGGAAACCUUUGCAACCCUUCCUCACAGAAGAAUGUAUUUUUUGGUGAUCCUGGCUUUUCUAGGACGAAUUACUGGUGAGACUUUCUUUCAUCAUUAUGAAAAUGGAAAUUUCACACUUACGUGCAAUGAAACAGUGGCUAAUGGGAAGAAGGAAACAGUUUGGUAUGAAAGUCGAGAAUCUCUGCAUGAAUUCCAAGUAAUCAACUGCAGUAAUCAACAGCCCAACGGACGAAACAAAUGCUCUGAUAAAACAAAGUGUAGAAACCAAUUAUCAAAUUCUGCUUCCAGAGGUGGUGGGGUAUUUGCAUGUGAGCAAUUUCCGAAUACUGAAACAUCACAGGCUUGCCCACUUUUUACCAAUGUGACUCACUGCAGACAUUAUAAAUUUUUUAUUGUAGUGAUAAUAAACAUGACUGCAGAUAAGGAGAUAUUUGAGACCAUUCCUGCAAAAUCACAUGAUAAUCAUUUAGUACAAGAAGAAAGAAGUAACAUCACUCUCUCUUGUGAAUUUCAAAUGAAGCCCUCAGGACAAACAUUUCUUAUAUAUUGGAUCAAAUAUACAGAAACAAGCAAAUGCCUGUCUUCUGUUCAGAGAAAGGAACAUAAUUUCUCGUAUAAUACACAUUGCUGUAUUGAUGAGAUGAUCAAAGAACGACUAUUGAACUAUACAAGCUUAGAUUCAACCGAGAGACAUGUAGUCCAUAAUAUGACCAUCUUGAAUGUUACUUACUCUGACAGUGGAACUUAUUUAUGUGUUGUAAAUGCCUGGUCAAGAGGUAAACACGUGUGGAAGAUUGCAAAUAACCUUUCUAUAGAAGUGAGGAAUCAAGCCAUUCCAUCCUCUGCUUCCGUGCCAUUGUAUGCAACCACUGGAUUCUUCGUAGGGAUUAUUAUCAUCAGUGGGAUAGCAUGGUUGAUCUAUAAAAAGAAAAUCAAAUCAAAAGGAAAGGCAUCUGCACAACUUCCCAGGUUCCCCGUAUGCAGUGAGCAGCAGCAAAGACUUGCAAGGAAAUGAAGUGUUGUAUUCACUUGCAACGAGCCCAUAUGAGGACCCAAAUGCAGCCUAUUGUACAGUGGAUAACACUGCAGCAUCUGGCAAGGGGCCAGGAGAUGAAAUACAGACAGUCUAUGCAGUGGUAUCACAAAGCUGUUCCUGUAAAUGACUUGUAAGAGGAAGUGUUAUUUUUGACAAAUGACAUUGCAAAUAGAACCACCCAGAGGAGCUGGAGAAUGGACGUUGGUUUGAAAAUAACUAUGAACUUUUGGCUGAUUUUAGGGGAAAAAACUCAGCAUAGUAGCCUUGACUACCCAUUUUGACUAUUCAAUAAGCUAUCUUAGAAAAUAUUAUGGGGCAGAUCCUCUGCUGAUAUAAAUUCUCAUAGCUCCAUUAUGAAGCUAUGACCAUUUGCACCAGAGAAACAUAGGAAUUGUCACACUCAGACCAUUGGUUCAUUUAGUUCAGAAUCCUGUCUCCAGCAGUGGCCUUUAUCAGAUGUGUCAGAAGUAGAUGCAAGAAUCCCCAUAUUGGACAAUUAUGGCACAACUCGCUCACAGGAGAAGUUUCUUCUCAACACCUAUCAGCUAGAGAUUGGUUAUCCCCUGAAGCGAGAGGGUUUUAUAGCCCUCAUACAUCUUAUCCUAUCUAAUGUAACAUCAUCCUUAGGCCAGUGUUUCCCAAACUUGGGACGCCGCUUGUGUAGGGAAAGUCCCUGGCGGACGGGGCCGGUUUGUUUCCAGCAGCUCCCAUUGGCCUGGAGCAGCGAACCGUGGCCAGUGGGAUAUGUGAUCGGCCGGACCUGCGGACAUGGCAGGUAAACAAACCGGCCCGGCCCGCCAGGGGCUUUCCCUACGCAAGCGGCGUCCCAAGGUUGGGAAACACUGCCUUAGAGUAUGAAAACCUAUAUAAAUGAAUGAUUGCUUUAGGAACAAAGAUCUUUAUUUUCCUCCAGUUUUACACUGGUGUAAUUCUGUUGGCUCCAUUGGAGAUACUCCUGCUUUACAUUGGUGUAAGUGAGAGGAGGAUCAGAAGCUUAGACACUCAGGUGUGAUUGCUAGAGCAGGCAGAAUCAAUUAAGGACACUAUUAGCCCCUACCAUAAGUUUUUCUUCUUUAAAAUGGCCACAUUGGAUAUAAUGUUGUGAAGGAGACUGGGGUCCUUUAUGUAUCCCCAGAAAAGGUACAGCACAAACCAUGUUCCAGGAGUCAGGACCUGCAGCAGAGCCACGCUCCUAGGAACCUAACAAAAACAGCUGGCCUGUAGUUGGCUGCCUGAUUGACUAGAUCGCCUGAUUGGUUUGAAGAGUCAGCAGCCCAGCACUUAAGCCCAGCAGCAGUUCAGUGUCUCUUCAAAUCAUGUACUCAUGGCUGAGCUAGCACCUGUGUGUGCUUGUUCUAGCCCUGCCCCACUUCAGGGAACCUGUUUCUGAUCCUUGGAUCUGAUUCCUAAUUUCAGUUCUGGCACCUAGCCUCUGACCCUGGGCUCUGGUGCCUGUGCCAACCACUAGGCAUGACUGCCCAUGUCCUGGCCACUGACAUCAUGGCAGUGCCAGUGUCCUCACAUAAGCCUUUUUAGCUAUCACAAAGGUGAGAGGAACCUCAGCUAGGAUGAGAGGAUAGUUGUAUCUCUGUGUAUAUUUAAAACUUCAGUCCACUGGAAUUUCCACAUUCUCCAUUUACUUCCCCCUGCCCACCUCAAAAGCUUGACACUGAGUGAAGUCAUCUCUUUCAAGGGUCUGUUGGCUCCAUCCUGGAUGCUCAGAUGGGAUCAUUCCAAGGGGUUGAGUGUGAUGUCUUUGCAGGGGUGCUGGAACAAUUUGUAUGGGGGUUACUGAGAGCCAUUGAACCAAACUGUAAACCCUGUAUAUAACAGAAACUACUUCAAGGCAGGGAGAGUACAAGCACUCCCUGCACCCCUGGUUCCAGCACCCAUGUGUCUUUGUAGUGUUCCCAUCCCUUGCUGGUCCGGGUAGGGUGACCAGAUAGCAAGUGUGAAAAAUUGGGACACUUUAUUUUUCGGGGUGGAGGGAGAAAGAAAAAUGUAUAAUAAUAAUCCCCUAAUAUCGGGAUGUCUGGUCACCCUAUGGGAACUUGGGGCCUGAACUUGGACACUAUGGUGCAUUGCAUAGCUACAAGCUCACCCAAAUGGCUUUGAUGGUGCAUUCUGGAAUAAAAUAGGCUGUGACCCACAAUUCUCAUGUUAGACUAUUAAGCAGUCUUUGGAUUUGUAUUUAUUUCAUCACUACCAACGUGAGCUGGAUUAUUCUACACCAUGUUGGUGAAAACUAAUAUUUCUUUGUAUUCUACCUUUGUUUUCCUUUAAAUAAAGGGCACGACACAGGCUACUGAGCUAUAAAGGCUAUACAAACCAAGGGGCUCUAAUGAUAUUGUGCCAACUCCAUGAGGAGUGUUUGUAUUUGGUGACAGGGUAAAUUGGUCACACAUCAUAGGUUGAAUUUAGUCCAAAUCCAAAUGUAAACACUGUCUCUCAGCUCACCAUCGGAUAAUCCUGAUGGGCCGCAGGUUGCCCACCACUGCUAUAAAAGGUGACUGACAUUUUUCUUGUGCUCAAAGGAUCAUAUCCAACUGUUACUGAAGUCGGUAAAAGACUCCCUUUGACUGCAAUGGGAACUGGAUGAGACCCUAAAUGAAGACAGAUUGUACUGCUUUGAUGUCACAGCCUUGUAAUAAAGCUUUCAGAUGAUAACAUA